AUGGUGCCAGCACCAUUGUGUGAGUCUAAGCAUGCAAUACUUCGCCUCUUGAAACAGUGCAAAUCUCUGAAGCAUCUCCAGUGCAUCCAUGCACAAGCUACCAUCCAUGGCCUCACCUUCACCUCCUCCUCCGCCAUUACCAAGCUCCUCUUCACCUUCACCUCUCUUCUCUCCAACCCUUCACUCCUCUCCCCUCCUCCUUCCAUCCACUACGCCCUUUCCCUCUUCCAUUCCAUCUCCUCCCCCUCCACCUUCGCUUUCAACCUCCUCCUCCGCUCUCUUACCUUCCUAUCCUCUCCUUCCCAAUCUCUCCUCCUGUUCCUCCGCAUGCGCCGCCUCUCCAUUCCUCCGGACUCGCAUACUUUCCCUUUCGUCCUCACCGCUUGCUCUCGUCUCGCCGCCACUGCCGUCUUCCCCAUUGGCCGCGGUCUCCACUCGCAGGCACUCAAGUUCGGCUUCAUCUCUGAUGUCUUCGUCGUCAACACUCUCAUCACAAUCUACUCCUCCUCGAACUCAAUCUCGUAUGCCCGACGGCUGUUUGACGAAACUCCUCACCCGGACAUCGUCACUUAUAAUAGCAUGAUUCAUGGUUAUGUGAAGGCCAGGGAUAACGACCUGAACUUGGUUCUCGCCCGCAAACUGUUUGAUGAAAUGCCUGCGAGGGAUGUUAUCUCUUGGGGCGCGCUUCUGGCCGGAUACUCUCAGUCAGGUCGGUUCAACCAAGCGCUCGAGCUGUUCGAUAGAAUGAUGAUUGAGUCGGCAUUGGAGCCGGAUGAUGUUGCUCUCGUCUCUGCCCUCUCCGCCUGUGCCAACCUCGGUGCAUUGGACUGCGGCGAGAGAAUCCAUGAGUACAUCAAGAGAAAAAGAAGCAAACUCAGUGUGUAUCUCAUAACUGGUUUAGUCGACAUGUAUGCGAAAUGUGGGUGCAUAAGGAUUGCACGAGAGAUGUUUGACGAAAGUCCGCUUAGAAACUUGUUCACGUGGAAUGCGAUGAUCAUUGGGCUGGCAAUGCACGGGCAUGGUGAGCUCUCAAUGGAGUACUUUAACAAGAUGAUAAUGUCUGGAGUGAAGCCCGAUGGGGUGAGCAUCCUGGGGGUUCUGGUUGGUUGUAGCCAUGCUGGACUGGUAAGCACUGCAUGCAAGGUGUUUGAUGAAAUGGAGUGUGUUUAUGGUGUGAAACGUGAGGUGAAACACUAUGGAUGCAUGGCUGAUUUGCUGGGAAGAGCGGGUAUGAUAAAGGAGGCCAUGGAGAUGAUUGCAGAGAUGGGGAUGGAAGGGGAUGAGUAUGUGUGGGGAGGGGUGCUUGGGGGUUGUAGGAUUUAUGGUGAUGUGGAGGUUGGUGAAUUUGCUGCGAAGCGGUUGUGGGAAAUGAAGGUGAAGGACAGUGGAGUGUACUCAGCCAUGGCGAACAUGUAUGCUGGUGCAAGAAGGUGGGGAGAUGUUGCAAAGAUGAGAGAUUUGAUGAGCCAUGAGAAAGUCAUGAAGAAUGCUGGUUCUAGUUCCAUUUUGGUUGAUAAUUGUUGAGGUGAGGAGAUGUUACAACUUGCAAGGGUGAGAGCAUUAGAAAGUCGUCAAGAAUUAGUCUUAAUUCUAGUUGUAUUCAGGUGUUUGGGUGGCAAAUCAAGUCCUUGUUUUACAUGAGGUAUGUCUUACAUUUCAAGAGUUAAAAUUCAUUUAUUUGACAUCUAGCAUGUAUUUUCUCUUCAUAUGAUAUGUUUUUCUGUGCAUUGUUUUAUAUACCAAUAUUAAGCUUGAUUCAUUUAAUAAUCAAGCUUAAUAGUACGGAUAGGGAUGAUCAUGAGUGAACCGAAAUUUGAGCAGAAUUCGUACAUUUUUUUUUUUUAUCAAAAUGGCUCAGCCUGUUUUGAUAGCCUUAAUUUUGGCAUUUUGCAAACUGAAGCUCAUGAGCAAUCACAUAGUAUCCGUAUGUUAAGUAUCUUUCUGUACUACAUUUAAUUAAGUUUUAAGGCCAUUUAUACAAUCUAAAUUUUGGUGUUCUCCAAAUCGUUAUUGUGGCAGACUGAUAGUGAACUUUGGUAAGGUGGUUGCAUGAUGUUGGAAAUUAUUACCUUGGGGUUUUAGUGUUGGUGAGAUACAGAUGUAGGCAUAAAUAAACAUCAUUUCACUUGCAUCAAAAUGACCAAAGAAAGGCAUCCAAGCGGGAAGGAAUGUGAAAGUGAAGUAAGAAUGACCACAUCUUAAAUGAAUCAAAAAGGAAGCUAACCACGGCAUGUUAGAGUUUGAAGACAGCUUGCUGUAGAAACGGAUCACAUUGGUGCACUGACAGACCAAUUCUUAUUACAUACCUAGUCCAAAAGUCCUUGAGCCAUUUGAGGACGUCAGGAGAUGUAAUUUACUGUUAUAUUAAGGAUUUAGUUCAGUAAUAUUAAGUUGGAGAUAUAGAUUAAUAAAUUAGAGUUGCUUAUACAUCAUAAGAGAAUUAAUUAUCUUCAACUAGUUUUGUUAGUUUGAGUUAGAAUAAGAGUUAUCUCUGCUCUCGGGUACUUUUUAUGUAAAAGAGAGAGGAGACUUGACAAAUUAGAUAUUGAUGAAUAGACUCCCCAUUUAACCUGCUUGCAUGCAUUUUUCUGCUGUGUUAUCUGAGUAAAUGGGCGAUAACUUAGUUCCCGUACUCAUUCCAUAUGGACUAGUGUGUUUAGUAUUAACUUUGCAAGUAUUAGUUGUUGGGUUAAAAAAUAGGCAUAGGUUGUACACAUUGCAACAAAUCUUGCAACAUAUGAUUUAGUUUGUAAAAUUAGAACUUCAGUUAUAGUGACUAAAUGAAUGUAAAUUACUGUGUUGGAAAGCAAUUAAUUUUUCGGAACAUGACAUGUAAGUAAUGAUUUAUGAUCACUAGGUUGGUUCUUGAUACGGUGUUCAAUCAUGAUCCUUUUUGUGGCAUAAAAUGUAUUAUUUCUGUUGAUCGGCUUUAAUCAAGUUUGCUUAGAUGGGUUAUAGCCAGGCAAAUAAUGUGGCCCAUUGACUGGCCUAUGUUUGUUAUAUAUAUAUAUAUAUAUAUAUAGCUAUAUAUUUUAUACGAACUAUUGAGUUUAGAAAACUUCCAUCCAGUUUGGCCUAAACAUACCAUAGCUUCAAUAUAUUGCUUGAUCUUGGUUUUAUUUUUGUGAAAUUUCAAGUCAAGCUUCUUAACCACUUGAUCAUAACUGAUUUCGAAAUUUCCAGCUAAGCUUGAGAGCAACUUGAUAAGACAUGAUAAAUGGUCCCAUUAAAAAAAGAGUUUGGUGGUCAUUUGUUAUGAUGAAUGCGAUAUUAUCAUAUUAGAUUCAUCAAGCAAAAAAAAAUUAUGAAUAUUUUGCUUUGCUGAAACUUUUAUUAUAAUUUGUAAAUUUUUAGAUGAAAUGAAACUUUAUUGUUUUCAAGUAAAAAAAAAACUCUACACUGUGUGGACAAGGAAGUGUGAACUUUAGAAAAAGUCAACAAUAUAGUGUUUCUGUAGAACAACACUUGAUUCCGCGGAAUAUUUCACUUUCAUUGGUUUCAUGCAUAGGGGUGUAAAUGAUACACCUCUACUCGCAAGCUACUCGGG